CUCGCACACCGCACACAGUGGACAAGGAAAAAGUAUAAAAGGUCAAACGCCGCCAGUGUGCAAUUGAACACUUUUACGUCUCGCACAAUACGACAAUGGUCAAAUCUACGACAGUCUCCGCUCCAUUCUUAAACCUUGAUAAUUUAUUGGCCGAAGGGCCGAUAUACAAUCCAGCAAUCAAUACGAUUUACUGGAUCGAUGCUAUUGGCUCCAAAAUCCAUCGUGUCAAACUCUUGGACAAUUCCAAUGAGAUCACUGACUACUCCAGCAAGCAGAUUAAGGAAGUCAUGAAGUCGCACCAAGUGAUUAGCUGUAAUGGCGAAAUUGUGGGAUCAGUGGGCCUUACUGACAACAAUGAUGUUCUUGCCUUGGCAUGGACAAAGGGUUUCGGAUUUGCUAAUUUCAAAACCUUGGAAUUUGUGGUGAAGGGCCACUUUCCUAUCUUCAAUCCUGACCCCGAAUUGCGUUUAAACGACGGGAUUAUCGAUAACGAGGGGAAUUUCUGGGUAGGGGCGAUGGAUAAACAUAUCGGUAGUAUCGCCAGUGGCAAGUCUAAGUUGUUUAGAGUAAACAAAGAUUUAUCCGUGGACAAAAUCUUAGAUGACGUUCAGCUCUCCAACGGGAUUAACUUCUACACUGAUAAAUCGGGGAAGCAAAGUCUCUUCUACACCGACACGCUCACGUUAACCCUCUGGAAAUUCGACUACGAUCCUGCCACCGGGCAAGUUUCUAAUCGCACCCCGCACAUUGUGAUCACCGAUCAUUUCCCAAAAGAGUCCCUUCCGGGGUUGGACGGGUUCUCGCUCACCGAGGACGGUCACAUUUACACCGCAGUUUGGGGGCUGAAUAGGGUGUGCCAUUUUGAUGAGAAUGCCAAGUUGGUGGAGGAGUUUGUCUUCCCUGCUGCCAGGGUUAGUUCGUGUUCGUUUAUGGGGCCAGAGCGCAACGAGUUGUUUGUCACCACAGCAAGCUCCAAGUUACCGGCGGAGGAUGGUGUUAAGGACACCGAUGAAGAUUUAGGGGGCGCUUGUUUCAGAAUCAAGUUGGAUGGGGUUAAGGGCCAGUUAAAGGAUGCCAAGUGGGGUGGCAAGAUCGACGUCUAAUUUGGUUUUGGUUCUAGCUACUUCAAAGGAAGGGCCAGUAGCAUUCCGCCCACGAUUCUAGUGAAAUACCACUGGUAUCUUUUUAUCACUUUUUCACAUGUAGGGUUUAUAUUUGAGUCGGGAUAAACCAACAGGGAAUAUUCGAAUCUCUGCGCCAAUGGUCAGGAAUAUCCCUGCAUUAUUUAAUCAGAGCCUGCCUGAACAAAUGUUCUAAGCUUACAAAUUACUACGUUCUGAC